GUUUCUUCUGUCCUAGUUCUCGCUUCGAACUCGAUGAUAAGAAUUUAAGGCCAAACCUCCGGCAAUGGCGGUGGUUUCAUCGUCUCCAAUUCUCUUGCCACUGCGCAUGAACCUUGGCUCAUCUUCUCCAAAUAUUCCUCUCUUCAGUAUCUCCUCCAGAUCGAGCAAUCGGCCUCGACCACCUAUCAUCGUCUUCUCUUACACAGAAGCGGGAGAUGGUUUGGCUAGUGAGGAGAAGAAGUUGUUGCUUGAGCGCUACGGUCUCGACCCUGACGAGUUCUUAUCUGAACCUACUCCUCCUAAGACUGGGAAGAGAAAGGAGCUGCAAAAGAGAGGAAGGGGCAAAUCAGUCCAACCACCAGAGGAACCUAAGCCACCACGGGCUACACAUAAGUUGCUUCAGGUGCUUGGCGGAAAGGCUCGAAGAAAGAAGUUGUUGUCGCCCAAGGGUAUGGAUGUACGGCCGAUGAUGGAAGUUGUGAAAGGUGCAGCCUUUGAUAUAUUGCAGGCAGCUAGUGGUUGUCCUGCAGCUUUAAGGCCUGGCCGCUGGUUGGACUUGUAUAGUGGUACUGGAUCUGUUGGGAUUGAAGCGAUUAGCCGAGGAUGCUCUCAGGUGCAUUUUGUUGAGAUGGAUCCUUGGGUUGUGUCUGAUGUUCUGCGUCCAAAUUUGGAAUGGACUGGGUUUCUUGAUGUUUCAAUAAUACAUACUGUUCGUGUUGAAAAUUUCUUGGAACGCGCUGAGCAAUUUGUAGGUAAAGAUGGGUCAUUUGAUUACAUUAGCGUUACCCCUCCAUACACUGAAGUUGACUAUGGAGUUCUAAUGGGCCAGAUUUCAAAGUCACCCUUAAUUGGAGAAGAUACCUUUAUUGUAGUUGAGUAUCCUUCAAGAACGGACAUGCUUGAUACAUGUGGAUUCCUGGUGAAGAUAACUGAUCGGCGGUUUGGUCGGACACACUUAGUGAUAUAUGGACCGACAUGGGCCCAGAAGAAAAGGAAGCCUUAAAAGUCACUUUUGGAAGCCAGCAGUAGAAGUUUAACCCAGAUCCGCUAGUGGAGAUGGAAACUGUAUCCUGGAACUGAAAAGAGUUUGCAGUGGAAUACAUCACAUCUCCAAAAUCUACAAGUAACUGGUGUACUGUCUUGGAGAUGGAAACUGUAACCUGGAACUGAAAAGGGUAUGCAGUGGAGGACAUGGCAUCUCCAAAAUCUUUAAGUAAUUGGUGUACUGUCUUCUCCUGUCGAAUUUUUGUCUUGCCACAUGAGCUGUAACGGACUUAAUGGCAUCAUCUGUUCCAUGAGUAUGUUCAAAUAUGUUGAGAAUCA